GAAUAGAUAUUGCUCCUGUGUUUCCGAGAGAAGCGAAACCAGAAAAUGCUCAAUUUGUGGAAGCUAAUCUACUUGAUGGGCUGCCAUAUAAUGAUAAUACUUUUGAUUACGUUCACAUGAGGUUUCUAAUAACUGCCUUUAGUAAACAAGAAUGGGAACGUGCUUUAAAAGAAAUUGUCAGAGUAACAAAAACUAAUGGAAUUAUUGAAAUAAUGGAAGAUGAAAUAGAGCCAAGAAACGAUGGACCUAUAUCACGACUAUUACAUAGUGCAUUUUUGUCUGACCUCCUGUCACGUAAUAUUGACACUGCUGUAUAUAAACACAUGACCGAUAUAUUGAUGAAUACGCGACAGCUAACAAAUAUAAAACUUGAAGAGAUGUCAACACCUUUUGGUAAAUGGGCCGGUAGAAUUGGCGCGUUAUUAGCAGAAAAUACUGCCAAUAUAUUUCGUACAUUUCGAACGAAAUUUUCUUCAUUUCUUGGUCUCGAACCAGAAGAAUAUGAUAAAUUAUUGGAAGCUUGGCAUU